AUGCCUCUGCCCAGAAAUCAAGGCCAGGCUACGCCCAGACCACCACCAGCAAACCAGAAUUCCACCCGCUAUCCGACGACUCCAGCAUCGACCCGUGGACCGGCACCGAUCACUCCAUCGGCAGCGCCUCCAUGGAGGCAGCAAACCCUCGCACAGCGGUCUCGCGCCCCGAACUUUGGUUUGAUGAGAAGUGCAGUCAACGCACAAGCUUCUCGCAUCGAUCCAUCAAUGGCCGCAGCGAUGCAGAAUCUCAACAUCAACAAUCCUUCACCCCCAUCCCCACCCUCUGACUGCUACGACCCAUCACUAGGUCCCCUGCCUCCAGACGACCCCCACGAAGCCUGGCAAGGCAGUGCAUGCCCCACCAUCAACACCGCCCUCUCCACUCCGAACGUGGCCGUCUUCAUCCCAACAUGCAAGUGCACAAAACGCACCAUUGACGACUUCAAACUCGGCCAGAUCAUCGCCCUACCCUUCCACAUCCCCAACCUCAACCCCAAGAACAAGGCCACCUACCCGCGCCUCGCCCUCACCUGCGAAGGCCCCGUCUUCUCCAAGCGCCGCCUCGUCACCAUCCUCCUCAAGCACCAAAACGUCCUCUUCUGCCUGCCCCUCUACAGCUUCGAAGGCCAGGACCUGGCAUGCAAACCCGACAAGCUGAAGUGGGAGUACAUCCCCGUGAUGAACAAGGGCGACACCAAGUUCCGCAACCCCGGCAAGCUCCAGGCCUGCGAGGUCGAGACGUAUGAUCCUAAGCGGCCGAUGAAGAAGACGAGUUGCAUUCAGCUGACCGGUGGUGUCAAGGUCGAUCCGGUCGAGCAUAUCUCGUUUGUAGGACGCAUGGAUCAGGCUUCGUAUGCGCGCAUGCUGGCGUUUUAUGAUCGGCGGUAUGAGAUUGCGAAGCAGAAGGCGUAUGAGCCUGAUGGGCCUAAGCUGAAUAUGGGAGAGGCUAGUGCGGUUAAGAAGUAG